GGGCACCAUGGAGCAGAAAUCCGCCAAGGAGGAGAGCACCUCCAAAGGACAGGAGUCCUACCAGCGGAGGAUGUGGAAGAAUUUCCAAGAGAAAACCAAACCCUGGCUCAGUCCGAAACUCGGAUCGGAGCGACGCGGCGCCGGAGGCGCGGAGGGCAGCAAGAAGGAGUCGGGGCUGUGGAUGUUUAAGAGGAAAAAGAAACACUUGGACCGCGUGUUUUCGUCCUCGCAGCCGAACCUGUCCUCCUCUGCCCCGCUGCCUUAUGCGGGAGACAAGAACGGCACCGCCGGCGACGCGGUGCCGGGCACCAGCACGGGCGGACAGCCCGCGUUGCGGUCCCGCGGCGCGGCGGCCGGAGUGACGGGGAGCAAGCCCGAGCUCGCGGCGCACGGCAGCCCGAAGCUCCCCGCGUCCCGGCUGAUCGUGCACCAGCAGAAGAGCUCCUCGCUCGGCUCGGCGUGCUUCGAGAAAUUAGUGGUGGACCCGGCGAUCGCGGCGGGAGAGGAGGAGCAGCUGCGUAAAAACGCGAGUGAUUCUGGCAUCAACAUCGUGGGCCCAAGUAAUGCCGAGCCGCCGCCUCGACCUCCCAGUCCAGCCAUGUACCAGCUGGACAUCGUCCUGAAGAAGGGGAGCAACCUGGCUAUUCGGGACCGGACAGGAACUAGUGACCCCUACGUGAAGUUUAAGAUCGCAGGGAAGGAGGUGUUCAGAAGUAAGACCAUCCAUAAGAACCUGAACCCAGUGUGGGACGAGAGAGUGAGUCUGCACGUGGAGACCCUGAGGGACCCGCUCUACGUGAAGGUUUUUGACUAUGACUUUGGACUCCAGGAUGAUUUCAUGGGCUCAGCCUAUCUCUACCUGGAGUCACUGGAACACCAGAGGACACAGGACAUUACACUUGACCUCAAAGACCCACAGUAUCCUGAACACGACCUGGGCAGCCUGGAGCUCGGCGUCACCGUGUCGCCGAGGGAGGGAGACGUGAGAGAUUCCACCAUGCUUUUGAGAAGGAACUGGAAACGAUCUAGUAAGUAUCAGAGCAUGCGCCUGUCGGACGUGCACAGAAAAGCCCAGCUGUGGCGCGGCAUCGUCAGCAUCAGCCUGAUAGAAGGCCACGGCCUGCAGCCCAUGGACGCCAACGGCCUCAGCGACCCCUACGUCAAGUUCAGGAUGGGCCACCAGAAGUACAGGAGCAAGACAAUACCCAAAACACUGAACCCCCAGUGGAGAGAGCAGUUUGAUUUCCACCUGUAUGAUGAGCAGGGAGGGUUUGUGGACAUCACUGUCUGGGACAAAGACGCUGGGAAGAAGGAUGAUUUCAUGGGAAGAUGUAGCAUCGACUUGUCCCUCCUCGGUAAAGAGCACACGCACAAGCUGGACCUGCCGCUGGAGGAAGGCGACGGCGUGCUGGUGCUGCUGGUUACGCUCACCGCCUCCGCCGCCGUCUCCAUCUCGGACCUGUCCGUCAACAUGCUGGACGACCCACACGAGCGGCUCCAGAUAACGCAGAGAUACAACCUGUGGAGGUCGUUCCACAACCUGAAAGAUGUCGGCGUGGUGCAGGUCAAGGUCAUCAGGGCUGAGGGGCUCAUGGCAGCGGAUGUCACAGGGAAGAGUGACCCGUUCUGUGUGGUGGAGCUGAGCAACGAUCGGCUGCAGACGCACACGGUCUACAAAAACCUGAACCCAGAGUGGAACAAGGUCUUCACUUUUAACGUGAAGGACAUCCACUCAGUACUCGAGGUCACUGUUUACGACGAAGACCGAGAUAGAAGCGCAGACUUCCUGGGGAAAGUGGCUAUUCCUCUACUAAAUAUCCAAAAUGGAGAACGCAAAGCCUACGCCUUGAAAAGCAAGGAGCUGACAGGGCCAACAAAAGGGGUCAUCUUCCUCGAAAUAGACGUGAUUUUUAAUGCUGUGAAGGCUGGCCUCAGGACGCUGAUUCCCAUCGAGCAGAAAUACAUCGAGGAGGAGCCGCGUGUGUCCAAGCAGCUGCUGUUGCGCAACUUCAACCGAGUCAGGCGCUGCAUCAUGUUCCUGAUCAACACUGGCUGCUACAUCAACAGCUGCUUCGAGUGGGAAUCUCCACAGAGAAGUGUCUGUGCCUUCGUGCUUUUCGUGAUCGUGGUGUGGAACUUCGAACUCUACAUGAUUCCUAUGGCUCUGCUGCUGCCUUUGGCCUGGAACUACAUCCUCAUCGCGUCGGGGAAGGAUACGAGGCAAGACGUGCAAGCGGUGGAGGACCUGCUGGAGGAUGAGGACGAGGAUUUUGACAAAGAUGACAAGCGCCCUAAACCAGGCCCCUGGGAGGAGAGCUGUGAUAAAAACCAUAUCCUCGAGGAUAUGUUGGCUUCCUGGCACUUUGAGUGGAUUCGAACCAUGGUGGACUCGGAGAGAAAGGGCUUCAUGAACAAGCUUUAUGCCAUUCAGGACGUGUGCAUCAGUGUGCAGAAUGCACUGGAUGAAGUGGCCUCCUAUGGGGAGAGGAUAAAAAACACAUUUAACUGGACUGUGCCUUUCUUAAGCUGGCUUGCCAUUGUGGCUCUGGGAGUUGCCACCAUCGUCGUCUACUUCAUCCCUCUGCGAUACAUCGUGCUAGCAUGGGGUGUGAAUAAGUUUACCAAGAAGCUGCGAGACCCUUACACCAUUGAUAACAACGAGCUGCUGGACUUCCUGUCCAGGGUGCCGUCCGACGUUCAAGUGGUGCAGUACCGAGAGCUGAAACUGGAUCCCAAUCCCAGUCCAAAUAGGAGGAAGAAAAACAACCCCGGGUAGAUGAGUAGAUGAGUGCGUCCGCCCACCGACUCCUCUCUCCUCCACUUUCUUGCUCCAUUACUGGACACUGAGGAACAGAGGACCACCUCCUGGACCAGCACAGCUCUGCUACCCCCCCCCCCCCCCCCCUUCUUUUACUUCCUUCACGGUUCUCUCCUUUUAAACCUUAUUUUCUGUCUUUAAUUAUUUAUGACGUACUGUACAGUUUGUAUAAAGCAAAAACACUAAAUCUGAGUGUGGUCAUCACCUUCUCGCUUGUUCGUCAGCUCAGACGACUGUGUCUGUGAGUUUGAAUGGACCCCAUCAUUCCCAAACAUGAAAUGCAAGCCUUAUACUAACAGUCUGCAUUAUCUCUCUGCAAUAGAUGGUUCAUAUUGUAGAUUAUGAUUUUGGCAAUAUGUUUAUAUUUUCUAAUUGUUUUUGUACCAAAGUAUAUUUAGUUUCUCUUCUCUUGGAUGUGAUAAUAAUGUGUUCACUUGUAGUAAUUUGGAUCGCGUUUCACUCAGCCAGCCAAGUUGAUUAGCAAUUAUGGCGGUAGCCUCCAGAUAUGUCUUUUUACACAAACACAAAAUUGGACUGACAGACUGAAGGCUUGUGUUGCUACCGGUCUGUGUUUUCAAUGCAGUCUCUAAAUGUGCUUUUUUUUCAAAGAUUCUGACUCUGGCACAAUGAAAAGAUCUAAGCACGGCGGACAGCGCCGGUGCCAGAAUCUGCGAUUGCAUAACCAGCGUUUGACAGUGCCCAGAGGAACCAGGGACAAUACUGUGAAGUAUUAGUAAAUUGAUGUGAUUGCAGGGGCCACUUUGCCGUAGCCUUGUUUAAUCCUGGGAAAACGCUCCUAGCCGGACGUUUCUCUGCAGCACCGGGCCUUCUGCCGUCGUGGCGUUAAUAUAGAUGUCACCCGGUCCAUGCGGCCGGGCAGCCAGGCCUUCAGGCAGCAACAGUCCUAAUCUUGUUUGAAAGGCUGCUCUCCUUCCCUCUCAUCUCCCUGUGUGUUUCCCUGACAGCAGCGCACACACACACACACACACACACACACACACACACACACACACACACACACACACACACACACACACACACACACACACACACACACACACACACACACACCUCCUCUCACGUGAUCACCCUGGUCGCAUUCACAUACUGUAUCCAGUCGUGUGCAGAUAAACACAUAACAUCCCGUUUGAGCAGCCGCGUGGUGUCUCCCUCUCAGCCGUGCGCGCUCGCACAGACACGCCGCCUGUGAUAGUGUGCCCCAGGCUGGCCGCCCUCUCCAUCUGCCCCACCUCCUGUGCCCACAGCUUCACUUUGAUCUGCCGCAGACAGAGCCUUGUGCACGCAGGAUUGUUUGCGUACACACGUUUAUGCAAUCAAAGACGCGCUGCUUCUCCUAGCGGUGCUGUGUGUUACAGUUGUCUCCCCUCCAGCUGCAGACGGGUGCAUAGAUUCGGUUGGUGCAAGUGUGUGUGUGUGUGUGUGUGUGUGUGUGGUAGUAACAGCUGGGUGUCGAGGAGUUUCCAGCCGCAAAGAUGAGCAGCAAGUUGCUGAGUGACAAGACAAAGCUCUGAGGGACUCUGGUCUGAGAUGUCAGGAAUGGCGGCUGUGUGCGUGCGUGUGUGUGUGCGUGUGUGUGUGUGUAUGAGCGCGUGUUUCCUGCUAUCCUUCUUCCCAUCGCGCUCUCCGUUUGCGGUUCCCUCGUUCGUCAGCGAGCGAGGUUUUGACCCCGUCUGAAGGGACGUCUCCUGGGCUUCUAGCUGAGCAUCUGUUGAAAGAUCACAGCUCGAGCUGCAUUUGAGGAGGCCUGCUCUCAUCCUCCAGCUCCCCGCGUCCACCCCUCUCCCCCGUUUGGCCCGUUCGUGUCCUGCUGUCGGUCGGCCCGUCUGUCCAUAGCGCUUUAGAGCCCGUCUCCGCUGUAAAUAGACCUUUCGCGUGGUGUCGCCCUGCCUGUCUGCUUGCCAUCGCCUGCUCCCUCCCUCUUUGCCCAUCCAUCUCCAUCCCUAAAUAUCAACAGGCUCAGAUCUGUCACUCCAGAGGGCCAUUGAUUUUGUUUUGUUGUUCUGAGGAAUCCACUUGAAAGACAAUAACAGACUGUCCCCCAAGAGCAGCAUCGCAGACUGAUUAUAGCCUCUUCAACAAACACACUCUGUGGCUUGUGAAGGAUGGCUUUUUAUGAAGCCUGGAGGGACGGGCUGAAUACCCGAUAUCUAUGUGUCUACUACUGUAUGUAGUUAUUUUACAGCAACUGUGGUGACUCUUGUGUGGUAUUGCAUCCGAAUGCUGCUGUUUCAUUUUUGUUUUAUCCUUUAUUUAUUUAUUUGUUUAUUUUGGUUUUGCAAGCAAACCAAAGUUUUUAUUUUGUAUGAUGUAGACAAAUUAUAAAUUAUAAAACGGAAUGUAUCAGACCGACAGAUGUAAAGGAUAAAAAGCGCUUUUAUUUGCACAAAGUUGAAAUGGAAAACUAUUUUUAAAGUGAAACUGUAGUUCUCUAACUACUGUAAAGUGCAGUUGUGUUUUCUACAGGAUGCCUGUUGGUGGUCUGGUGAUAUUAUACAGUAGGUGUACGCCUGCCUCAUUUUCUAAGCUCCACCGUUUUCCUCCCGCAACGUUGCCUGCCUGUGAUGUCAUCUUCAUACGGCAAAUAUGAAAAUAUUUCUGGUUUGAGAAAUGAAAUGCAUCUGAUGUAUGUUGCUUAUUUUGGGGGGAGAAAAUAGAGAAAACACAAGAUUAAAUAUUUUUUAUCAUCUUCA